CUAAAAGGAUUCUUCCCUACUUUCAUCUGUAAAUUGAGUCAUCUUAAGGUUUUGGACUUGUCUCAUAAUAACGUGACAGGAGUUGUUCCUUCUUGUAUCUCAGAACUCAAAAAUUUCUAUUAUUUUGAUGUAUCAAAUAAUAAACUCAGUGGUUCAAUUCCCUCUUCUAUAUGUUCAAAAAGUUCACGAUCUUCUCUUCAAAUAAUCGACCUCUCUAACAACAGAUUCUCAGGGGUUAUACCAAGUACCUUCGGGUAUUGUAAGAAUCUUCAAUCACUAAAUCUCGGGAGCAAUAAUCUCAUAGGAAAUGUUCCAAAUGAGAUUGAAAAAUUAGAAUGGUUAAGUAUUCUUCAACUGCAGGACAACUAUCUCGAUGGUACUCCUCUCAACUUCAUCAGUAAACUACCUUCGUUGGUAGUUCUUAACUUGGCGAAUAACCAAUUCGAAGGAAGUAUACCCACUGAACUAUUUGGUGCACAAUACUCUCUCUUAAGUAUCAUUUCUUUAAGGUCAAACAAGUUCAAUGGAUCAAUCCCUGAUGAGAUUAAUAAUUUGAAUCAACUGCAAAUUUUGGACUUAUCGCACAACAAUUUCUCCGGACAUAUUCCUAAGCAAUUAGGAGUCUACUGGAUGAAUUUAACAGACGCAUACGAACCUCUUAUGAAUGUGUAUAACAUUCAAUUGCAGAUGGUGAUCAAUGGUAUCAUGUUGGAAUUUGAAAAAAUAUACACUUAUACCUCGGGAUUGGAUCUAUCAUGCAACAUGCUUGAUGGUAACAUUCCAACAGAGAUAGGUCGGUUAAGCGAACUUGCAAGGCUCAAUUUGUCCCACAAUCAUUUUUCGGGUAACAUACCUGCGAGUAUUGGAGAUAUGUCUAACUUAGCUUCCCUGGACUUAAGUUUCAAUAGACUAUCCGGGCAAAUCCCACAAUCGUUAACAUCGCUGGACUCUCUUGGGGUUUUUAACCUAUCUUACAAUGAGUUGAGUGGUCAAAUUCCAAAAGGAAUUCACUUUAGCACGUUGGGUGGUGAUGGCUGGGCUUUUGUUGGGAAUACAUUAUUGUGUGGAGAACCUACAAAGAAUGUUUGUGAAGUGGAAGAAGGCGAUAACAAAGACGAUCAAGAAAAUUAUCAAGAAGAUACAAAUGAGAAAUUGAUAUUGUGUAGUAUUAUUUCUUUAGGGUUUAUAUUGGGAUUUUGGGGUCUAUUCUUCGUGAUGCUUAUAGAAAAGGAAAAAUGGUGGUUUCCAUAUUGGAAAUUUAUCGAUUCUACCGUAGCUGUGAUCAUAAGAUGUAUUCAAAGUGAUAAUACUACCUGAUUAAUUAUAUAAAAUUGCCAAUU